UGAGGCAACAAUACACACACACACACACACACAAAGAGAGAGAGGGAGAGAGAGACACACACCGACAGUGAAUAGGAGUGGGUUCGGAUUCAACAAGUCUCCAUUUGUCCAACAAGUCGAUGGCUCCGCUGCUGAGGUGCUGCGCUUUGACCCUGCUGCUGUUCUUCUUGACGCUGGAUCCUGGGGCAGCAGAAGGAAAUGGACCCCGGUUACAAAGAAAGAGAAGAGAAUGGGUCGUCGCCCCCAGAAAGCUGAAGGAAAACCACGACUACACCGGCAAUGCGUUUAUCGCCAAAAUUCGCUCGGAUAAAGAAUACAACAGGACGAUAUUUUAUUUCUUAAAAGGACCUGGUGUCGACCAACCGCCUAUGGGAAGAUUUUCUGUCGACCGUAAUACUGGUUUUAUUAAAGUCCAUUCCAUUCUGGACCGAGAGGAAAUCGCCAUCUAUCAUUUACAAGGUGAGGGCAGAUUCAAAAACGGUGAACCCGCUGAGAUCGAUAUCAAUAUUACUAUCGCUGUUGUGGAUGAGAAUGACUGCAGUCCAGUCGUUAAGGUUGAGCAGGUCGGAUCGGUCAACGAAUCCAGUGCCGCAGGUACUGUUGUCAUGAGAGUGAUUGCUACUGAUGGAGAUGAAGCGGGCACACUCCACACCAAACUCUUCUACAGCCUUGUCGAGGAGACUAACACGGACGGCAUGUUCUCCAUCAACUCUCAAACUGGAGACAUCAUGGUGCGACGGACCGAUCUGGAUAGAGAGCUCAAAGAUGCCUACAGCUUGGGCGUCAAAGUCUCUGACAUGAAUGCACCGUCAGGAGGAAACUCAGGAUCCGGAGUAGUUAACAUAAAAAUUCUGGACAUAAAUGACAAUGUGCCAUACUUGGAGAAAGAAAUGUACGAAGGGAGCGUGAUGGAGAACACCAUCAACACGGAGGUGAUGAGGAUUUCAUCCAUGGACAUGGAUAUGAUGAACACUGAAAACUGGGAAGCUGUCUAUGCAAUCGAUUCAGGGAACGAGGGAGGCUAUUUCAGUAUCCAUACUGAUGCCAAGACCAACGAGGGAGUCAUCAUGGUUAACAAGGCGCUGGACUAUGAGGAACUAAAGGCCCUCAACUUGGGUGUGUCCGUCGCCAACAAAGCGGCGUACAAUUUUGGUAGUAGCUCAUCAUCCAGUUCAUCCGCCACCUCCAAAUCCUACCCUGUGAAAAUCAAUGUGGUCAAUCAAAAAGAAGGGCCCCGUUUUCAGCCAGGUGUGAAAGUGGUGACCAUCUCUGAGGACCAAUCCUCCAUCGACCUCAAAAAAGUCUUCACCAAGUACGCCGCUAUCGACAGUGACUCACUGAUGCAAGCCACCAACGUCAGAUAUGCAAAAGUCCGCGAUGAAGGCAACUGGUUGAUCGUUGAUCCAGAGACAGCAGAAAUCAGGCUGAAUAAACUACCUGACAGAGAGUCCAAAUUCUUGGUCAAUGGAACAUAUUAUGCUGAAAUAAUAUGUAUAUCCGACGAUAAUCCCUCCAAAACAGCCACAGGCACCAUAGCCAUUCAGGUGGAGGACUUCAAUGACCACUGCCCAAAACUGACGACAACAGCUCAGACCUUGUGCCUCGAGGAGAACGUCAUCUACGCCACAGCCGUGGACGAGGACGAUUUCCCCAAUUCAGCGCCGUUCGAGUUCACUGUGAUUGGGGAGGAGAUACGUCAGAAAUGGACAGUGGAGCAUUUUAAUGCUACCACUGCAAUUCUCAGAGACAACGCCGAAUUGUGGCCAGGCGUCUACCAAGUGGCCGUGGAGGUCAAGGACCAGCAGGGGAAAUCGUGUGAUGAGGUUCAGACGAUAGAUGUAACCGUGUGUACGUGCGAGGAGGUCACCAAAGUGUGCGCUCCACUCAAGGAGAAGAAAAUAGGUUUAGGAGCUGGAGGGAUCCUGCUUCUGCUCCUGGGACUGCUGCUGCUGCUGCUGUUGCCGCUUCUGCUUUUGUUCUGCCUGUGUGGCGGUGCUCCACUCAGUGGAGAUUUCAAGGCAAUUCCAUAUGACAACAAACCGCAGCUGAUGGCAUUUCACACUGAGGGACAGGGAGAAGACAAGGAGGUUCCUCUUCUACGUGUCCCGAUAGAAGUCGACAGUGGCGGCGGGACCAUGCACCUCAAGAACGUCAACCACUAUGAGGCAGGCGGAUACCUGACAAAUGUCAAUGAAUCUGGACUACUGGUUGGAGGAGCAGGAUAUGGCGGUGGCAUGAAUACAUUGACAACAGAAGAGUUGCGCAGGUACAACAGUUACAAAUACAUUGCCGGGCAGGAGGCACAACAUCUAGGUGCAGGGAUGGGGGCGGAGUCCUCUGGAUACGGAGGUGGAGCCUUUGAUGGGAUGGCUCUGUCUGAACACUUCCUGCAAGAGUACUUUACCAAUAAAUCAAACCAUGCCACUCAAGAGUCCCAGCAGAAGGAUGGACUGCUGGUCUAUGACUAUGAGGGUAAGGAGUCUCUGGCGGGUUCUGUAGGUUGCUGCAGUCUUCUCGAGAACGAUAAUGAUCUCGCCUUCCUCGAUGACCUGGGGUCUAAAUUCAAAACCCUGGCAGAGAUUUGUCAAGGAUCGACCAUCGUGACCCAUUCGGCGAAUACAGUUGUUUCCAGCUCCCUACCAAGACCGGUGUCUCCAGUCAGGCCCUCCACCUCUUCCCACACGCACAUCGAGACUCACACAGAAUCAGUCAGGGACAGGGACCGUGUCCAUAUCAACACUGUGGACACCUCCAAUGUAGCAACCGGAUCCUCCACGAUCAUCCAGGAGGAGCGAAUUACUGAGAGAGCCCAGGUUCCUACGGUGCAAGUCCAGGAAAAUAUAAUGAUUCCCAGUCAGACCAUGCUCAUACAGCAGCCCUCUAUGUACUAUGCUGCUCAGCCCAUGUACGUAGUCGAGUCCCAGCCCCAGAUGAUGCUUGUGGCAGGGGGCGUCCAGCAGCAGGCAAUGGGUCAAAUGACUCAACUUGGGAUGAGUCAGGGGCUGAUGCAGGUUGGUGGUCUCCAAGGUUCUCAGGGUAUGGUCCUCGUAGACAGGCAGGUAGGAGUAAAUGGAGGGAUGGGGCAGAUGCAGGUUGGUGGUCUCCAAGGUUCUCAGGGUAUGGUCCUCGUUGACAGGCAGGUAGGAGUAAAUGGAGGGAUGGGGCAAAUGCAGGUUGGUGGUCUCCAAGGUUCUCAGGGUAUGGUCCUUGUAGACAGGCAGGUAGGAGUAGAUGGAGGCAUGGGGCAGGUGGCACAAGGCUUUUCGCAGGGGACCCUCUCCAGGUCCAGGAAGGUGAUGCUGGUGGAGAACGGGUCCACCGCUGGACAGCAAGGUGGACAAUUUUCGCAGGGAUUUAUUCAGAUGGGACCGGGUUCCACAGCGCAGGGCUUGGAGGUCAGAGGUCAGGGCUAUGAGAUGAGGGCUCCGAGUUUUACGAUGGGUUCCGUCGGCUCUACAGGAUUAAAUGAGGAUUUCUCUGGUCACACCCAAGUUUCUAUGGCCACACCCAAGUUUCAAGGGAGCAAGAAACAGGUUGUGCAACAUAAGAAAGUCACUGUCACAGAAAGAAAUGUUGAAUCUAAUACAAGAGCUUAAAGCAAACAUUUGCUUAGCAUAUCCACAAAUGUCAUACUUCUUAAUCUACUGAAACUUAUUUCAGUUUGUUAAAAUAUACUAAACAAACCUCUGGUAAUACAGAUUAAUUACUUGUUAAAUCUGGUUAAACUGGUUAAUGAAUAGUUAAGUCUGCUUUACCUAAAGUACAGCACUGUAUGUCCUCUACACUACUGCACUUAGUGAACACAUAGGGUGUGUUAUUUACUACUUGUCUGUCAUGGCCAUACAAUUACACAAUUCAUACAGUGUUGGUGUAAGGUUUAUAGCAGAACUGGGAGAAAACAACAGGUUAUAAGAGGCAUUUACAUGACAUGAGGGGGAACAGAAUAUCUAGGACUAGUCAGUGCAGGCACAAAAUGACAGACAUUAAAUCACUGUAUUUACUUUAAUUACACUAGCAAGGCUUUCAGUGUGGGAGCGGCCAAAGUAAACUAAACUAAAGCCGUCAGACAAACACUGCAUAUUCUCUCAUCAAUCUGCAAAUCUCCGGCUAAAUCGCCCAACUAAAGAGAAAACUGGAAGAAGUGGAGAAUGUAAAAGAUGGCCACAGUACGUCUCCCAGGGCAUAGAAAACGUUUUUUGAAUCUGUAAACAGGCGAUGGAACUCGUGUUCUCCUUUCUGGACCUUCCAACAACAUAUAAAGGAAUGGAAAAUGAUUACUAUAAAUUAAGUAUGUUUGAUUAAGUCAAUUGGACAAAAAAACUUGUGUAAAUAGUAUACUGCUGCAACCCACUGCUGCAAGUGUUGUAUAUUUUUGUGUGGUGUAUUUGUUUUUUGUAAUGUUUUAGCUGUAGCCUUGCCUUUAGCUGCUCUGCUGACCUUUGGAUUGUUUGACUUAGUUAUACUGUAACUAAGACCUGGGUGGGAAUUCCUGGGAGUACUGUAAAACUGAUAAAAGCACCGUCUGCAGCUGAAUCAAAGCCCGAUUGUCCGAAUGUUUUUAUCAGGAUGUUUUUAUUGCUAUGCAGCGUACUCGACAGAAAUCGUCAUUUUUAUUGUUGCACUCUCUAUUUUCUACAGAAUAAUGUGGGUUCUCGAGGAACUUUAAAAUUAUCCAAGCCUGUUAAUUUUGUUUAUAAAAAUGUAUAUUGUGACAUACUUUUUGUAUUGUUUUAGUUUUAUUGUGUGUUAAGGUAACAUCAUUUGGCUUUGUGGAUGGGAAGUGUCAAGCACUAAAAUUUGUUUUUGAUCAAGUUUAUAUUUUCCUAGUGAACUGCAUGAAUACAGCAGAUGUUGCUCUAGAACAGCAUAGUACUAAAAAUGUAUUAUAGUUAGGAUGUUUUCAUUUUAAAAGUGUUGCACGUCAUAACGUAAUAAAAUCUAAUUGAAAGAAA